UAGUACAUUAGACAAAUACAGAACAUAUAUACAAAAUUAGGCUACCAAUACAAUAAAUUAAAUAAUACAUGAUUCUUGAGUGGAUGGAAUUAUCAUGGCAAUAGUGGGUUUUUGCAGACAGUUUUGCCUGGGAGAGAAGUAAAAUCAGCACAUUCACACCUACAGUUUAGACAUUUCACGAAUCAUAAUUAAUACAUUUACAAGCCUGAUAUCACUGUAGUAUUGAAAACCAGGUCAAAAACUCAGUCCAACAAUCAGAGAUACAUUUAUUGCCCGUAUACUUCUUGGUAUACACACACCUGUAAGGUAGACUGGUAUCAUUGAUAACGAGUUACUAUGACUCUCAUUCAGAUCUUAUUGUAUUGUUUUAAUGCAGGGCUGGUUCCAGGCAUAUAUGACAUAAGCGGUCGCUUAGGGCCCCCAGCUGCUAGGGGUCCCCUGAUCAAGUGAUGUUUUAAAAAAUGUAGGAACUCAGUCAGGGUCUCAAUUUACUAUUGAGCGUUAGAAUAGUAGAAUACACCAGGUGCUUUUCAAAAUGUGGUUGUGCAUAGGGCUGUGCGUUAUAUCGUAUUUUACGAUAUACCAGUAUUGAAUCACGGACCGGUUUGGGUUUUUACUUUCCCUUCUGUAACGGUAUUUGAAUGUUUGGUUUGUUUAACGUGAUACGUGUAACAUUCAUUUUUAUAGUUUACUUCACUACAUCAGUCAUCUCUCUCGGCUCUCUCUCCUUGACACCUUCCACACAGACCGAGCCCCACCCCCAUCACUCAAGGAGCGUAUUUGUUGUUGCUUGACCAUAAGACACUUGUAUUCAGUCUGCAUGGGCAAUGCAGCACAUGCAACAACGUUGAUGACAACGAUGCCAUUUUCACUUUGUUUCUUAAUAUAAAUCCCACUAGUGUUCUAUAACUACAAUAUUAGUUUGCGUUUCUUACAUCUGCAAACAGCUAGUUUGUCUUUUCUUAGCAAGUUGGGCCUAAAAGUUGUUAGUCACUAAUGCUAAUAGCUAGUUAGCUUACUAGCUAGCUAAUAAGCAUACUGAGUCAGAGAAAACAUAAUUAACUUUACAACCUGAUAAUGCCAGUGAUGGUGUAGACCUAAAUCAGCAUGUUGUUUGUGCAACAGUAUUUUCUAAAUCAAAGAGGAACACGCAAAGCAUGAAUAUGUUAGCUACAUGAAGUAGCUAAGAGAAAACAUUCAAUGUAGCCAAAGAUUAUAGUGUCCCGUAGGAAACACCUUGGUUCCUACCCUAUCACAAUAACUUAAAAAUACAAAUGAUCUCAAAUGAGUGCAGGAAAUACAGAAAUUGAUGGAAAUGCAGGAAAUCAUUUUAGGUUGAAGUUUAAUUGAACAGUAUAAACCAAUCAGAAUUUAGAAAGACCCAUUGAAAUCACUUAGAAUGUAUGUGUUGCCACCCUAGAGUCACACUACUCAUAAAGCAAAUGUAGAACUUUUAUUAAUCAAAAACAUAAAUAUAGUUGAAAAUACUGUUAUACAGUCCUUUUUUUUUAAAAUGCCGUGAUAUAUUUUGGCCAUGUCGCCCAGCCGUAGAUGUGCAUCAUUAGUUGUUCUCUUGUUAUGUCUGUCACUUAUGUCUGUCACUGAUAGUCAUUCAAUUAGCCAUGUCAGCUAACAAUUGUUAGUUGGCUAGACUAACUACCAAUUAAUCUAAACUUGUAGUAAUCACGACCAAAUACUGACCGUGCCCAGGGGCCCUGACCUCAAGGGGGCCCCCAUUGAUUUUGUUAGUCAUUCUCACUCAGAUCAUUUAAACAUGGCAUAAAUCCUUACGAAAUGUGUAGACUGGCAGGAAAUUAGCUUAAACUGUCUUUCCCAUGGAAAAAUGUGUAGAAUUGCAAGAAAUGGACUUUAAAACUUAAAUGUUUAUCUCCACUGUCAAGAGGGAGGCCACUAAAAUGUUUUAAGUGCACUACUUUUAACCAAUGCCCUAUGGGUGGCAGGUCACCUAGCGGAAUGUUGUGCCAGUAACCAAAAGGUUGCUGGUUUGAGUCCCUGAGCUGACUAGGUGAAUAAUAUGUUGAUGUAACCUUGAGCAGGGCACUUAACCCUAAUUGCUCCUAUAUGUCUGUUAAUAGGUAGGUGUGGGGCCCCCCCAACCAAGUCGUGCUUAGGGCACCCAAAAGGCUAGGGUCACCCCUGGCUCAUGUGUAAUAGUUUGUGAGGUAUGCUUUCUUUUGAACUAUCUGCAGUGCUAUCGCUGUUCUGAUGGAGGCACAUGGGUCGCUGGCGUCGCCAGUAAUGGCACGUCUAGCCUCUCACCUCCAGCUCCCUUUAUCAGUUUUAUGACUCCGCUUAUCACACCCUGCACCGUAAAUAUAGCCUAGCCUAGUCAAUUUGAGCUGAAUAACAGCUGCGUAAAUCGCCAAUCAGCACACCAUGUAUGCGCCUAAUGAGUCUGAAACGUCAGUUAGAACAAUUUAAUUAAAACGCGUUUUACAUGUUUAUCUUAAUCUGGGAUGCGGGUCGAUGUCCAGUGCUUUGGACCAGUCCGUUGGAUAAUACACAUCACUCAAUCAACGUGUACUGGCUGUAGUGUAUUGCCCCUGAACAUGCAGUUAAUUAACCCACUGUUCCUAGGCCGUCAUUGAAAAUAAGAAUUUGUUCUUAACCGACUUGCCUAGUAAAAUAAAGGUAAAAUAAAAAAAAUUAUAGUGUAUUGUAUAUUAGCCCCAGAAAUCCCCCAUGUCCACUACUAAUAUUUUCAAUUCCUGUUUGUAUGCGAUCAAUGUAAAGCCUGUAUGGCUGUCUCUGAGAGCCAUCCACACUGACGCUGAUCAUCAGCAACACCUGAGUUAGUCCUGAGAGGAAGAGAACAUGGAAUACCUGUGCCGAAAGUAUUUACGCUUGGGAUACUCCACGGAAGCCGCAUUAGCUGCCAUGGGACCGUGCAAGCUGCUGACAUCACUGGUCCUGUCCAUGUGUAGUCAUGUUCUGUACGCUACAGCAUGGUCGGUGAAUAACUUCCUGAUGACUGGACCAAAGGCCUAUCUGACGUAUGCCAGUAGCGUGCAGGUGGGCGCACAGAGCGGGAUUCAGGAAUGCAAACACCAGUUCGCUUGGGACAGGUGGAACUGCCCCGAGAGCGCGCUCCAACUAUCAACUCAUGGACUGCGCAGUGCCACAAGAGAGACGUCUUUCGUCCACGCCAUCAGUGCUGCGGGGGUGAUGUACACUCUCACCAAGAACUGUAGUAUGGGGGACUUUGAUAACUGUGGAUGUGAUGACUCCAAUAUUGGGCAGAUAGGGGGUAGGGGCUGGAUUUGGGGGGGCUGCAGUGAUAAUGUGAAAUUUGGGGAGAAGAUGUCCAAACAGUUCGUGGAUGCGCUGGAGAACGGGCAUGACUCGCGCGCAGCUGUAAACCUGCACAACAAUGAAGCCGGUAGACUGGCGAUCAAGGCGACCAUGAAGCGAGCCUGUAAGUGCCACGGCGUCUCCGGGAGCUGCUCCGUUCAGACCUGCUGGAUGCAGCUGUCUGACUUCAGAGACAUCGGCAACUACCUCAAAGUCAAACACGACCAGGCGCAGAAACUGGAAAUGGACAAGAGGCGGAUGAGGUCGGGGAACAGCGCCGACAACAGGGGCGCCAUCGCGGACGUGUUCAGCAGCAUCGCCCGGACGGAGCUCAUUUACCUGGAGGAAUCUCCAGACUACUGUACCAAGAACAAGAGCCUGGGGCUCCAGGGAACCGAGGGGAGGGAGUGCCUGCAGGGGGAAAAUAACCUCUCCCAGUGGGAGAGGAAGAGCUGCCGCCGGCUGUGCCAUGAGUGCGGCCUGAGGGUCGAGGAGAGGCGAAUUGAUAUAGUCAGCAGCUGUAACUGUAAGUUUCACUGGUGCUGCACGGUCAAGUGCGAGCGGUGCACGCAGGUCGUGACCAAAUACUACUGCGCGCGCAGGGAGAGAGUGCGAAAGCCUCAGAACAGCACAAGGAAAAGUGGGAGAAGGCCCCGCGUGCAGCGCAGUUGACUUGCGCCUGCACAGACUGUGGUUAUCUAUACUUGAGGAUAACUAUGAAGGGGACAGUUUAUUUUAAUAUUCGCUAUUUAAACAUGUUUUAUUACAGUUCAUUUUAUCCAUGUAAAUCUGUCUGGGAUUGUAUGUCUUGUAUGUUGUUACCCAAACAUUUUACACGUGAUUUCUCCUGUAACUUGUUUAUGAUCAACAUAUAUUCUCAUCCAUCCCACAUCGGGUGACAACCUAUUUCCACUUUUGUCCCUUAUUAAAAAUGCACUUUAUAGGCUCUAACAUUUUGACAAUCGAAUAGAUAUGUGAUAUGUUCUAAAAAAUAUAUAUAUUCCUUUGUUAAAUGUGUAUUUAUCAUCACAAUGUUAUUUUGUUCAUGCACGUUUAAGUUUACUUGUCACUUUGGGAGUGUAUACGGAGAAAUAUGGUUGUCUAAAUGGGUUAGAGGCCUAUGCGUACAUUCGGUGUGUCCUUUUUGAUAUCAAUUAUGACAUUGUUUUAAGUGUCAUUAUCACAUGUUUUUAUUUUUGUACAGGGAAUUGUAUAUUAAAUAUUUUAAUCUCA